AUGGCGGCGAUUGACAUUUUUACAAAAACCCCCUCUGCGAAUUCCCGACACAACCCGCGGUCCCUGGUCGUCUCCCUCGCAGCCUCACUCGUCUCCCCUGUGCGUCGGAGCCCUCCCUCUCGGCUCCCCCCGCGCUGGAGCUCCCCUGCUCGGCUCCCCUGCGCGUCGCCGGAGCUGCCUCGCCCCACACCUCCACCGCGUUGCUUCCCUCUCCUUGUUCCCUUGCUCGUUCCCCAUGGUGAACCACGGGAAGGAGAAGGCUCGAUUUUUUUUCUCGAUCUGCUCUCCGACGGCGGCGGCCGGCCUUCCCCGAGCUUGGCCAGCAGGAGCUGUCCCUUCCCGUUGUCGAUCUGCUCUCCGCGACGCCUCCUGCCUUCCCGGACCAUCCCCUCUCACUCAGCCGCGACUCCCUCCCUGGAGCAGCCGUUCCCGCCCAACCCAAAGCCGCCGGUCGGAGCUACGCCGCAGCACGCUCCCUCCCCCCUCUUCUUGGGGACCGGAUUGUGGCCGAGGAGGAGCUUGUCCUUGUCGCCCAGCAGCUCCCGCUCCAACGGGCUCGUCCACAAGUCCGGCAGCACCAGCCGCUCUUCCCUCUUCCGGUCUAGCCCAUCGACGACGACGGCUCCUCCUCAUGCUCAUCGGACUCGUGCACAAGUGCUCUGCAAGUCUGCAUUGGCAGAUACAGUUUUUCUUGGUGGGCGUGGUUUUGGAACAGCCAUGUCUUCUCUAAUUUUGACAGUGCUUGAGUUUAGAGUAUGGUUAUACUUUUGCUUAGGGAAAUACUUUGGCAUGGAGUACAUUGUGGCUCUGAAAUCAUUUCUGAAGCAGUGAGAUCUGAAGUUUAUGCUAGAAUUGAAGUGUUUGUUUCCUAACUAUAGGUAGCAGUACUCUGAUGGAGUACCUUCUUCAGAGUGCAAAUAGCACCAGCAGCAGCAGUCACGGCGGGAGUCAACA